AUGGCCGCUCCGAUCUUCAACACAGAGCGCCAUGUGAAAUACUACCUCCGCUGCCUGAAGACAUUCCUCCCCUCGGCCUACACAUCCAAUGACUCGAAUCGCAUGCUCCUGGCUUACUUGACCCUCGGGGGUCUCGACGUGCUCGGCGUACUUCACAGCAAGACUACUCCCGAGGAGCGGCAAGGGUACAUCGACUGGCUCUACCAUUGCCAAGUACCCUCGGGGGGAUUUCGCGGAUUUCCAGGCACAGACUUUGGCGACGAGCGACGAACAUCCGAGAAUGAAGCCUGGGACCCGGCAAAUAUCCCUGCGACGUUCUUUGCGCUUGUGAAUUUGCUUAUGUUGGGCGACGACCUUAGCCGAGUCAAGCGCAAGGAGUGCCUGGAAUGGUUGCCAAAACUACAGCGUGCAGAUGGCAGUUUUGGAGAGACAAUAGGGGUACGAGGUGCUAUUGAAGGCAAUCGGGAUCUACGAUACUGCUGUUGCGCGUCGGGCAUCCGAUACAUGCUCCGAGGUCCAUACGGAAAAGGCGUGGAGGAAGUGAAGGAUAUUGAUGUGGCAAGGCUAAUUUCAUUCAUCGAGCAAUGUCAGAACUACGACGGCGGAAUGGGCGAGUCACCAUUUCGCGAAUCCCAUAGCGAUUUAGGUGGCCAUACAUAUUGUGCAGUUGGAUCUCUGCACUUUCUGCGUCGGGGAACAGAUAAAAGCCGGUCCUCCCUGCUGCUGUGUCCGGGUUCGAAAAGCUUUGAGUCCUUGGUUCACUGGCUGGCAUCGCGGCAGACAAACAAGUUGCUUGGGGAGGGCGACGAGGAUGAAGUGAACGAGGACGAUAUUGAGGAGGAGCAGGAGGAGGAGGCGGCGGCGGCGGAGGAGGAAAAUAUGAUCAAAUGUGAUGAGGAGACACCAGAGUCAGUGGUUGGGAUGCAGUCCCACAGGCAAAAGGAGCGACCGGUAGAUGAAGGUCACCAAGAGGUCAAGUCAACUUCGAAUUCAACAGAGGACGAAAUUCGUGGGCUGUCUUAUUUGACACCAGAGUCUGGCGAAGGAAUGGCGUGUGCAGGAUUUAAUGGCCGAUGCAACAAGUUGGCAGAUACAUGCUACUCCUUUUGGAACGGAGCAGCACUCAUGAUGUUGGACCGUUAUUCUGUCAUUGAUGACGUGCGGAACCGACAAUACCUUUUAGGAAAGACCCAGCAUCUGGUUGGGGGCUUUGGAAAGGGUGUCGGAGACUCUCCAGAUCUCCUGCAUUCGUACUUUGGUCUCGUAUCGCUCGCAUUUCAGGGCGAAGAGGGUCUCACUCGGGUCGAACCUGCUCUAGUUGCGACCGAUCGCACAGUGGCGCAUUUGGAGUCCCUGCCAUGGUGGUCAUUUACCACCGAUAAAGUUGAGAUCUCUGAGAUCUGA